ACAUAUAAAUCUAUUGUCGUAUUGAAAGAGUAAGAAGAAAAUGGCGAAUGAGUUUGGAUUCGGGAUGGGUUCGGUUCUGGCGGUUGUUGUCGUUGCACUAAUCUUACUGUUCGGUCCGUUGAUGAUGGGACCGGUGGCUCCUCCGUCUCUUCCUCUUAUCUUGGUGUUUCCGGUCGUACUGCUCUUUGUGUUUCUCUAUCUCCAUUUUAGUUCCAAGUGAAAAGCAUCGAUCUAUUAUUACUAUGUAGUAUAUAGACUGCAUUUAUCUCUAUGUUUUUGGUUAUAUAAUUUUGUAAA